AUGACGCUAGCGUUUGCUGCUGGCGGCGGGGGUCCGCGCGGAGCCGCCAGAGAAGUGGCGUUUGCAGGGUCCUUCAGGGCUGACGGCAUUAAGGCGUCUGAUGUUCUGCCCGUGCUGAAAGAGAAAGUGGCCUUCGUGUCUGGAGGCAGAGACAAAAGAGGAGGUCCCAUCCUGACGUUUCCUGCCCGCAGCAACCACGACAGGAUAAAACAGGAGGAACUCCGAAGGCUCGUCACCUACCUGUCCACCGUCCCCAGCGAGGAUGUGUGUAAACGGGGCUUCACGGUCAUUAUUGACAUGCGAGGGUCCAAGUGGGACCUGAUCAAGCCGCUACUGAAGACCCUCCAGGAAACCUUCCCGGCUGAGAUCUGCGUCGCCCUCAUCAUCAAACCCGACAACUUCUGGCAAAAACAGAAGACAAACUUUGGCAGUGCCAAAUUCACAUUUGAGACUAGUAUGGUGUCAGUGGAGGGGCUCAGCAAGCUUGUGGACCCAUCUCAGCUGACUGACGACUUUGAAGGCUCGCUGGAUUACAACCACGAGGAGUGGAUGGACCUCAGGGUGUCUCUGGAGGAGUUCAUGGCCAGCGCCGUGCAUCUCCUCUCUCGCCUCGAGGACCUGCAGGAGCUGCUAGCCAAGAAGGAGUUCCCUGUGGACGUGGAGGGCUCUCGCCGUCUGAUCGACGAGCACACCCAGCUGAAGAAGAAGGUGAUGAAGGCCCCGGUGGAGGAGCUGGACCGCGAGGGCCAGCGGCUGCUGCAGUGCAUCCGCUCAAGCGACGGCUUCUCCGGACGCAACUGCAUCUCGGGCAGCGCCGACUUCCAGAGCGUGGUGCCCAAGGUGGCCAGUCUGCUGGACAAGCUGCACUCCACCAGGCAGCACCUGCACCAGAUGUGGCACGUCCGCAAGCUCAAGCUGGACCAGUGCUUCCAGCUGCGGCUCUUUGAGCAGGACGCAGAGAAGAUGUUUGACUGGAUCAGUCACAAUAAGGAGUUGUUCCUCCAGAGCCACACAGAGAUCGGAGUGAGAUACCAGCAUGCGGUCGACCUGCAGACACAACACAACCACUUCGCCAUGAACUCAAUGAACGCGUACGUCAACAUAAACCGGAUCAUGUCGGUGGCGUCCCGGCUGUCGGAGGGGGGUCACUACGCCUCGCAGCAGAUCAAGCAGAUCUCCAGUCAGCUGGACCAGGAGUGGAAGAGCUUCGCUGCUGCACUGGACGAACGCAGCACCAUCCUGGCCAUGUCUGCUGUGUUCCACCAGAAAUCUGAACAGUUCCUGUCCGGGGUGGAGGCGUGGUGUAAGAUGUGCAGCGAGGGGGGGCUGCCGUCAGAGAUGCAAGACCUGGAGCUGGCUAUCCACCAUCACCAGACCCUUUAUGAGCAGGUCACACAGGCUUACACUGAGGUGAGCCAAGAUGGCAAGGCCCUGCUGGACGUGCUCCAGAGGCCCCUGAGCCCGGGCAAUUCGGAGUCCCUGACGGCCACGGCCAACUACUCCAAGGCGGUCCACUGCAUCCUGGACGUGGUCCACGAGGUCCUGCACCACCAGAGACGCCUGGAGAGCAUCUGGCAGCACCGCAAAGUCCGGCUGCACCAGCGCCUGCAGCUCUGCGUCUUCCAGCAGGACGUCCAACAG